CCCUAGAGCUCUGUCCUUGGAUCCAGCUCGGCUUUCUCAGGCCGGUGCUGAAGGUCCUAAGUCGGCCUCACCAGCCAGCUCUGUUUACCUGGACCCACAUGAGCAUUCACAGGCCACACGACCCUCCACUCCCUGUGCAGACCCUUCUGAGCCUAGGCUCACCGGCUGAUCCAUUGUCAACCGGAGCUCAUUAAGCCCACCUCAUGUGUCCCGGAGCCUACAGAACCCUUCCCAGAGCCCUCUGGGCGAGCUCUGCAUCCGUCCGCGUGGGAGCGGGUGACCCAACUCCCACAUAUCCACUGCUGCCCUUAACUGACUUCCACAGUUUAGACCCCACGGAGAGGGUGGGAAAUGAGAGCUCAGGUUGGCGCUGAGCCUGGGCCUUGUGUGUGUGUGGUAGGGUUGUCCAAGACAGGAGGAGGCCUAUUGAGGGUGGGAUCCUAGGACUGAAGAGCUUGUCAGGACUGCAGACGGAGCGCCCCCUGCGAGGAAAAACCGACCAGGUAGUUCGCCCUAGGCCUGCUGUACUUAGAGAUGGACAGCUGGCAGCAGCGCCCCCAGAGGAAGACGCUACAGUGGCAGCUUGCUCAAGAGCAAAGACAACAGUCACCCCCACAGGGGCUUUCCGUGGCCUCCAGCCAGCCAGACACCAAGAGCAAGCCUCAGGACGACUUGCAGACCCAAGACUGGGUGUGUGAGCCUCAGGAACUCAGGCGCACAGGAAGUCGCUGGAACAUCAGCAUCGAUGAACGCAGGCGGCUGGCCUUGCAGCGUAUGCAGGAGAGAACAGACACGGCCAGGGCCCCAUCCAGAGACCCACUGGGCCUGCACCCCGAGGGCCAGCAGACCGAACCCUCCCCACCGACCCAGUCUGUCCCAACCCCUCCCCUCCAGGCCUGUGAGCCUAUGGCUGAUCCCCUGCAGGACAUCGCGCAGGUGUUGGCCGAGCUGAUGUCUGAGGGUAUAGAGAGAGAUGUACUCAUUUCUCAGCCUCUAAGAUCUACCGAGUAUUCUAACGCCUUCCAGGACUUCUUGGCCCAGGAUGCGCCUCUUUGGAAGGAUGAGAAUUUUGAGGUCCAGACCUCAAGAUGGCCUCACUCUUAAGAAGCAGCUCGGCUCAGCCCA